GCCCCGGGUGCAAAGGGAGCGGGCUGUCAUCGCGGCAUCCCCCGGCCGCCGAUGGCCCUUCUCCUGGGGAAUUAGCCCGGACGAGGGGCGGGCCGGCUGCCUCUCCGGGCGCUGCCGAGGGGCUGCCCGGCCAGCUGCAGGGGGAGGGCUCGGGGGGCGCCCACCCCCCACCCCCUUUUCAAUUUUUUUGAUCUUUCCUCCUCCUUUCCCCGAAUGAACGGCUCCGCCUGAAGCCCCGGGAAGCCGGGCUGGCCCCAGCCUGGUGCCCGAGGGGCAGGCGGAGCCUCCCCGCGGGCACGAUGCCCGGCCGGACCCUGGUGCGCUACCUUCUGCUGGCGCUCUGGCCCGCAGCGCUCAGCGCCGCCGCCGCCGCCGGACAGCCCCGUCUGCGCCUGUCCCACCGCGAGCUCUGGGAUUUAAACAGGACAUCAACCUUUCACAGCCCUUUCGGAUACCUUGACCUUCGUGUAAUGCUCCUGGAUGAAUAUCAAGAGCGGCUAUUUGUGGGAGGGAAAGACAUUGUGUAUUCCCUGAAUUUGGAUCGAGUCAGCGAAGGCUAUAAAGAGAUACGGUGGCCUAGUACAACCCAGCAAACAUCGGAAUGUACAAUGAAAGGAAAAGAUACUAGUGAAUGUGCAAAUUUUGUUCGGGUUCUGCACCAUUACAAUAGAACACAUCUUCUGAUCUGUGGUACUGGAGCAUUUGAUCCCCUCUGUGCCUUUGUUAGAGUUGGACACCAAGUGGAGGAUCAUACAUUUCAGUUGGAAUUGAACAGAUACGAGAAAGGAAGAGGCAGAUGUCCAUUUGACCCCAAUUCCUCCUUCAGCUCUACUUUAAUUGGUAGCGAGGUGUAUACUGGACUCUACAGUGACUACUGGGGAAGAGAUGCUGCUAUCUUUCGAAACAUGGGCCAUUUAACGCUUAUCCGGACAGAGCCUGAUAAUGAGCGACAGCUGAAAGAGCCUAAGUUUGUGGCCUCACAUAUGAUUCCGGACAAUGAAGAUCGAGACGAUAACAAAGUAUAUUUCUUCUUCACUGAAAAGGCACUAGAAUCAGAAAACAGCGCCCAUGCAAUUUAUAGUAGAGUUGGCAGAGUGUGUGUGAAUGACAUGGGAGGACAAAGGAUUCUAGUAAAUAAAUGGAGCACCUUCCUCAAAACCCGAUUGGUCUGUUCAGUUCCGGGACUGAAUGGAAUCGAUACACAUUUUGAUGAACUGGAGGAUGUGUUUUUGCUGCAAACAAGAGAUAACAAAAAUCCAGUGAUAUUUGGUCUCUUCAACACAACAAGUAACAUAUUUAGAGGCUAUGCUGUGUGUAUCUAUCAUAUGGCUAAUAUUCGGGCUGCUUUCAAUGGACCAUAUGCUCAUAAGGAAGGGCCAGAAUAUCACUGGUCACUCUACGAAGGGAAAAUACCUUAUCCAAGACCUGGUUCUUGUGCCAGUAAGGUGAACGGAGGAAAGUAUAGUUCCACCAAAGAUUAUCCAGAUGAGGCUAUCCGGUUUGCAAGGAAUCACCCACUGAUGUUUCAUCCUAUUCUACCAGUCCAUAAGCGACCAAUCUUGGUAAAGACCGAAGGAAAAUAUAAUCUCAAACAAAUAGCAGUGGAUCGAGUGGAAGCUAAAGAUGGGAAAUAUGAUGUCCUGUUUAUUGGCACAGAUAAUGGGAUUGUACUGAAAGUCAUCACCAUUUACAACCAGGAAACAGAAUCAAUGGAAGAAGUGAUUCUAGAAGAACUGCAAGUAUUCAAGGUUCCCGAUCCCAUUCUUUUCAUGGAAAUUUCUUCAAAAAGACAACAGCUCUAUGUUGGGUCAGGAUCUGUUGUGGCCCAAGUUAAAUUCCAUCAGUGCAAUGUGUAUGGUUCAGCUUGUGCUGACUGCUGCCUCGCGAGAGAUCCAUACUGCGCUUGGGAUGGAAUAUCUUGUUCCCGCUAUUAUCCCACAGGAUCACCUGCAAAAAGACGUUUCCGCAGACAAGAUGUUCGACAUGGAAAUGCAGCUCAGCAAUGCUCUGGACAACAGGGCACUGAAGAAGCUCUGGAUAAGACUGAAAAAAGAUUGGCUUAUGGUAUCGAAUACAACAGCACGCUUCUGGAAUGUACUCCACGAUCAUUGCAAGCCAAAGUCAACUGGUUGGUACAGAAAACACCAGAAGCAAUAAAGGAGGAGGUGAGGACGAAUGACAGAAUAAUCAAAAUGGACCUCGGCCUUUUGUUCUUGAGGCUGCACAGAAUGGAUGCUGGAACCUAUUUCUGUCAGACAGUGGAGCACAGUUUUGUCCACACAAUCCGCAAAAUCACCCUGGAAGUGUUGGAGGAAGAGCGGGUCGAAGAGAUGUUCCAUAAAGACUUGGAGGAGGACACAUCUCACAAAAUGCCUUGUCCUGUGCAGAGAUCUGUCUCCCAGCCCCCAAGACCUUGGUACAAGGAGUUCUUGCAGCUGAUUGGCUACAGCAACUUUCAGAGAGUCGAAGAGUAUUGUGAAAAGGUCUGGUGCACAGAUAAGAAAAGGAAAAGGCUGAAAAUGUCCCCAUCGAAGUGGAAGUAUAUCAACCCACAAGAGAAGGCGACCCGAGCUAAAUCAGAGCAUUAUCGCCCACCCAGGCAUGCAUUGGACUCCUGAUGGAAUGAUCUGCUGAUCUGUGGAAGAUUUGCAUUUGGACUUGAGAGAGUUGAAGGAAACCAUCCUUUUUUCUUUUGUGGUAACUAAGUUUCUAUGGUAACAAAGUGACUGGAAAGGCCUCAAAAUAAAUUAUACUGUGUACUUAAUACAAUUGUGUAAAGAUCAUAUCUAGUUGAGUAGUUCACUGUAUUGCUUAUGUAAAGUUCCACACAAAUGGUUGAAAAGACUACAGUGAUCAUAGUGUUUUGGCAGUUUUUUUAUGCCAAUUAUCUUUUCCCUUUUCAAAAGUGCAUUUCACUAUUGAAGAAAACUCCCUUAAAAAUUGGAGAGGAAAAGAAAUUCUGAAAUAUACAUCUAGAUUUCAAAACUUCUUAUUGCUUCUAAAAUGUGACAUACUAUCCGUUCAUUCACUUGUGUGGAAUAUUAGAGUUUUUAAAUUAUGUUUUAUGCCAGAUGUAGUGUUAUUUUUGUAAAUGAUGAGAGGAAAAAUGUAUUCAUUCUCAUGAAUGGUUCCCUUUAGUAAUCAUUUAUAAAGAUCAGAUUCAUGUUUCUGUUAUCAAAGCUAAAAAUUAAGUCUUGAAGUUACACUCAUGGAUGGAAUGAAUGGGGCUGGUGUAACUUCCAGAGAAGCUGAAACUAAAUUGGUAGAUCAAAUUCAAGUCAGAGUUGAAACACAGUUGUGGUUUAGAGGGGUGUGAUUUUUUUUCCUGUCCUCUUGUGAUAAAAUGAUUCUUCAAAAAUCCUUGAGUUCAAUCCAUGAAUCCAUGAAAUAUAUUAUACUUAAUUUUCAAGAGGCAGUCAUAUUAAAUGUCAGAUCUUUUAAAAUGUUCUUAUGGUUUGUCUUUAGGAACAUUCAUUUUAGAACAUCAAAACCAUCACCUCAUCCAGGAAAAGGUAAAACAGUAGAGAUUCAUUCAACUUUCACUUAACAUUUUCUGAAAAUUUUAGAUAUUCAUAACCUUGAAUUCAGUGUAUUUUAUAAGAGGGGAAAAGUACUUCAUAUUGGGAAGAAAAUCCUUACAUUGGAGGUCCAUGGAUACAAAAGGACUCAUUUUGUAUUUUGUACUCCAGGUAUGAGUUGAUAUCUAGGAUUUUUAGAUCACUUUUAAUUUGUUCUAAUACAGUGGACUUUUUAACAAUGCUCAAUUUAUUUCCUGUCUAUGUUCCUUCCCUUGUACUGGGCAAAUUCUUGUGGGGAAGAUCCUUUAUUGACAAAGUGAAACUUUGAGCUGAAAUGAGGGAUAAAAAGGUUUUUAAGGAGAUCCAGGAACUCAGUUUUGGAAAAUAAAAAAUGUAGGAGUUGAUGUUACAGUUGAUUUUAGUCUUCAGAGUAGUUGAUGGAUUGAAAUGAUUUAGCCCAAAUCAGAGAUGGUUCCUACAUUAUACUUUAAAAAUAAUUUCAAAUCUGAUAAUGGUUUAUAUAAUUAUAACCCCUAAAAAUUAUAAUAGCACAUGUGAAAUUUCUACCUUCAAAUUGUCAAGGAGUCCUUGCCAUUGGUAAAAAUGAUACUUCUUUGAAAAACAGAUUUGUCGUUUUCCUAAAAUUCCAUUGGAGGUCAUUCCCACCCACAGGGAUGCUGCUAAAACCUCACUGAAUAUUGGAGUCAUUAAUGCUCUAUGGCCCAGAAAUGUCUGUCCAGCUGGGAACAACAGAUUCAAGCCCAGACACUGAAAAUCACAUGUUUUCUUCCAGUAUCACUAAUGCCCAGAAUGCUGUAAAACACAUAUUGGAGUUUGAAAGUCUAUCUUUUAAAAAUAGAAGAACAAAAUUUCAUCUUAUCUUCAUAGUCAAAUAAGUGAGUAAAACACAUAAAUAGUGCCUUGUCACUCAAGUCCCAGAAACAAAUAUCAAUAUUUAAAAUUAUUCCUCUUAACUUUUUUGUGCCCCAAAAAAAUCCCAUCCUAGAUUUCACCUUUAAGAUGAGAGCCUUAGGGUAACAUAGGGCUGAGAGGGAGUGAGAUCCUCUUAUACGAAUUUGUAACAAAGGAUAUGACUAGAGGAAGGGAGAGAUCCGUAACUAGUGAGAGACAUUCUGCACCUUAUACUGUUCACUCUUAACCAUUCCACUUCACCCUAGCACGCCCAAAGGUUCUCUUGGUGUACGUUUGAGAGAAAAUAUUUGAAAGUUUGACACAUGAAAAUAUAGAGAAUUUCUCUUCAGUUGCAAAAGUCUCCAAGAUACAUAACUCAGAUAUUCUAGAGAGUCAUUCUAGGGACCUCAUUGAUGCAAGCAUUGCCUACACUGGCCGACUCAAAGAGUAAGUAGCUGUAUCUGUUUAGUAGUGACCAAGUAUGGAGAUAGGUUUCUUCACCCAGGUGUAGUAGGGGAUGAGGAGAAAGAGUUACUUUACUGUCAUGAAGUAGGUGAUGUGAUUUUCUUUUCUCACAAAGAGGUGUUUGGAGAUAUACAAACUGAUCUGGGGAAAAUUGGAUAAUUAUAUAUUUCUUAAUAUAGUGCUUCUAUUUGGAAGGGAAGAGGCCUUUGUGAGGACUGUGAGGAAUGCCCUAAUCAAGGGAAUUUUUGCAGAAAUGGCAUGAAACAAGACCUCUAGAAAAAGACAGAGAUUUCAUGUAGAAAAUGCCAUUGCCAAUAAAGUGCCAUCCACAAAUCUUUUCCAGUACAAAAUUAGUUGAAGGGCCAGGCUGUUCUUGCUCAGUAUUUAAAAUGUUUAGUAAAAUCUAAAUAGUGACUAUGAACAUUUAUAAAACUUGUAUAAAAAAUACGAUUUUUGUUUGAGCAUUGAAGCAACCACGAUAACUGUUUUUGUUCUAAAUAAUGAACUACCUUAACACAGUACUUUCCACAUUAAUUCAACAAGAAAAAUGUAUAGAUAGUUUCAAAGUAUUUGGGCUCCCAGUUGGAAAUAGAUUAGAGUGGCUUUAAAGUUAAGAUAUGUUAUUAUUUCAGUGGUGGAGUGCUGUGAUAGGGAGAACUAAAUACUUUAGUCAGCUGAACAACUAUUGCAUUUGCAUCAGAUUCAACUUCUAAACUCUCUACACAAACCACUUUGUAUUAUAUCAGUUAUUUAAAAUGCUGCCCUUUUCUCCAUGGGGUAGGGGAUUUUUUUUUAACUUUGGUUUCCAUUUUGAAUUGAAUGUAUCUUGUUUGUGUUUGAAAUGGCCUAAUAUAACAGUUCACUUUUUGGGUGUUUUUAUUCUAUAUGGCAUCUUUUGAUUUGCUUGGCUGGGAUUAUAACAGUGUGUGCAGUAGUAUUUAUUUUCUUUGAUUAGGAAAAGCCUAGAUGCUUGUGACUAUUUACUGACAGACUGCAAUGCGUUCUGGGUACUAUGACAUAGGUCUCCCAUAGGCUAUGUAUAAUUUGUAAUGUUCAAAUGCCAUUCUUUAUUUGGUUAAAUUUUGAAAAAAUAAUAAAUAUCUUCUGAGCCCUUUAA